UUAGGAAAUUGGGGGUCGGUCAGUGAACAGGAAUAUGCUGUAACACGAGAAACCCUAACGACGGCUAAACUGUUGUCUUCUGUUGUUGAAUUUGAUAAACAUUGCAGGUGCCUUGAAAACAUUAUUGCGGAAAUCAUCUGUUUUCAUGGUCCGCGACCGACGCGGCAUUAGUCUCUGGGAAGUGUUUAGCUUUGCUAGCUGUGUAGACAGGCUGUCACUGAGUUAAAUUACAUUGAGCUGCUAGCUCAAAAUGCUUUGGUAAGGGUAUUAAUGUACUGUUUUUGCGAAUGGGUUGUUUUAUUAUAAUCCAUUUUUGCUCUUGGGAGAAGUUUCCGGUUGACUGGCUCGCUGGUCAAGUACUAUAGCUAGUCGGUUAUGCAGUCAGGUGCAGUUCACUGACAGAUUUAAAUAGCUAAAUGGCUAGCUAGGACAAAAGACAGUUCAGUUAGUGUGCAGGUUUAAUUCAAUCAGAUUUUCAGUCCACUGCGUUUUGCACAAUCUGACGACAUGAAUCCCACUAAGAAGUCUUGUCUGGUCCUUAUCGUGGCUUUGGCUGUGACUUUGGAAGUGACAGCUGAAGUACUUCAAGAUGAUGGAGUUACAGAGGGUGGUGAGUCUCAGAGCACAGAUAAUAAUGAUGGCUCCAAAACUGUGGUGGGACAUGCGUAUGUCUCUAAAGAUGCCCAGGGCGACAGCAGUACAACUGACACUGAAGUAGAGAGUGAGAUUGAGGGGGUUGAACAGGAAGAUCUUCCGAGUCAACCUCCUCCACCAGAGGAGCGUCAUAAAGAAGUUCCGGUGGCGAUUGGUGGAACAGCCUCUGGAGAGCCCUGCGUCUUUCCUUUUCUUUUCCAAGAGAAAGAGUAUUCGGAGUGCACUACUGAAGGCAGAGGAGAUGGGAGGCUGUGGUGUGCCACGACAUACAACUACAACACUGAUAAGAAAUGGGGCUUCUGUGAAACGGAGGAGCAAGCAGAGCAGAGGCGUUUGUUGGAAGAGGCUGAAGAACAGUACCAGGAUGCGAUUAAGAUGAUUAACAGCACCAGCAGAAGGAGCCAGAAGAACGAUUUGUAUGACAGACUCCUGAAAGUUGCAGAGAUGGGUCAUACCAAGGCCAUGGAGAAGGUGGCAUAUGCCAUGCUGUUAGGAGACUACUUACCCCAGAGCAUUCCUCAGGCGAAGGAGAUCUUUGAGAAGCUGGCACUGGAGGGCUCCCCUAAAGCCCAGACUGCACUCGGUUUCCUAUAUGCUGCAGGAUUAGGGGUGAACUCAAGUCAAGCAAAGGCACUGGUGUACUACACCUUUGGAGCUUUAGGUGGAAAUCUAGUAGCACAUAUGAUUCUGGGCUACAGAUAUUGGGGAGGUGUUGGAGUUCCUCAGAGCUGUGAAUCUGCUCUCACUCACUACAGACAAGUGGCCAAUCAUGUGGCCAGCGAUGUAUCCCUGACAGGGGGCAGUGCAGUACAGCGGAUCCGGCUCUUAGAUGAAGUGGAAAAUCCUGGUUCUAGCAGUGGAAUGCUAGAAGAGGAUUUGAUCCAGUACUACCAGUUCUUGGCUGAGAAAGGAGAUGUGCAGGCACAGGUGGGCCUGGGUCAGUUACACCUACAUGGAGGACGAGGUGUGGAACAGAAUCAUCAGCGAGCAUAUGAGUACUUUAACCAAGCAGCAAAUGCAGGGAACACACAUGCAAUGGCCUUCCUUGGAAAGAUGUACUCUGAAGGCAGUGAGUAUGUGCCUCAGAACAAUGACACGGCCCUGCAUUAUUUCAAAAAGGCUGCAGAUUUGGGAAAUCCGGUUGGCCAGAGUGGCCUCGGUAUGGCUUACCUGUAUGGAAGGGGUGUUCCUGUGAACUAUGACCUGGCACUGAAGUAUUUUCAGAAGGCUGCAGAGCAAGGCUGGGUGGACGGACAGUUGCAGCUGGGAACCAUGUACUACAAUGGAAUUGGUGUGAAGCGUGAUUAUAAGCAGGCUCUUAAAUUCUUUAACCUGGCAUCUCAAGCGGGUCACAUCCUAGCCUUCUACAAUCUAGCUCAGAUGCAUGCCACGGGGACUGGGGUCAUGCGCUCCUGCCACACUGCAGUAGAGCUCUUCAAGAACGUGUGUGAGCGUGGCCGCUGGUCUGAGAGACUCAUGGCAGCAUACGGAAGCUUUAAGGAGGGCGACAUGGAUUCUGCUCUAGUACAGUAUCUCCUGCUGGCUGAACAGGGCUACGAGGUCGCCCAGAGCAAUGUGGCCUUCAUCCUUGAUCAAAAGGGAUCACAGAUUUUCAAUGAGAAUGAGACGUACCCACGGGCUUUGCUCCAUUGGACCAGAGCAGCUGCUCAAGGUUACACGGUGGCCAGAAUCAAGCUGGGUGACUAUCAUUUCUACGGCUUUGGCACUGAUGUGGAUUAUGAGACUGCAGUCAUUCAUUAUCGUCUGGCCUCUGAGCAACAGCACAGUGCACAGGCCAUGUUCAACCUAGGCUAUAUGCAUGAGAAGGGCCUUGGGAUUAAACAGGACAUUCAUCUGGCUAAACGUUUCUAUGACAUGGCUGCAGAAGCCAGUCCUGACGCCCAAGUUCCUGUGUUCCUGGCCCUGUGCAAGCUGGGCCUUAUUUAUGCACUAGAGUACCUGCAAGAUUUUAAUCUGAAGGAUCUUCUAUCUCAGGUGGAUCUUGACCAGUUACUGGGUCCAGAGUGGGAUCUCUACCUCAUGACUGUCAUUGCUCUGCUCUUGGGCACAGUAAUCGCAUAUCGGCAGAGGCAGCACCAAGCUGUUCCCAGAGUCCCUCCAGCGCCCCCUAGACCUCCAGCCCAGCCUGAGCAGCCAGCCGGAGAGCCUGAGGAACAGUGAGAGAGCUGGGAUCAGACUGGAGGUGACCAAAUGGGACAAGGAUUACGGGAGAAUGAAUUGAGGCCCAAUAGCAUCUCUCUACAUGGGACAGCUGCUGAUACCUAUACCUGCUGUGGUCUUUAAUCCUGUUAACCCCAAAUGAGCUUUCAGGACCCUUAGUGUCCUGUCCAGCCCCUCCUUUGUCUUUAACUGUGGCUUGGGAAAAAACUAGAUGAACUUCUACAAUAUCUUAAAUGUUCACCUCAGGGUUUUGACAGGAGAAAUAACAUUUGUUCAAAUCAACACUCACUAUGUGGGAGACAAAAAAAUACAACAUUGCUUAAUGAACUCCAUUAGUUAUUUCUGCUUUUGCUUGCCACUGUGCUAAACGCCAAGGACCUAACCUAUUUUGUGCAUCCCAUUUAGAAUUUUUUUUUUUUUUUUUUUUUGUAUUAAGUUUGGUAUGAAUUAACUUGGACACCAUGCCUCUUUGGAACUCCGAGUGUGACGUGGACUGUGCUCUAAAAUUGAUGUGUAAAAAGUUUAUGCUCUCAGCAUGCUUUCAUUUAAGUGGCUUGCUAGCAGAUUUUGUUUUCCAUAUGUCCAGAAAUUAUUUAUUUUGUAAGUAUUUGGACAAAGUAGUUUUCAGCAGCACAUUGAUGUAGAUUUCACUUUCUCAAUUCAAAUGUGCAGAGAUACCUAUGAAUCAACUACACGGGAAGUAGUCUAAGGUUAACAGUUUUUCAUAAGGCUUUUUAUUGCCAUAAACGCUCACCUUGCCAAAUGUUGAAUCAUUCAGAUGAUUACUGCCCUUGACUUACUUUCAUUGUAACAAAAGUGUCGCAGUGGGGUGUUUUAUGAUACUAAUUUAGUGCAAUUAUGGCUGGUGUCCAGUAUGUUUCAGAAUUUUGAAGCUCUAGUUACAUCAAACCUCAUUCAUCAUUAGUAAUUCAACCUUUCCAAAACUUUUCAAAAUGGAAUUUAAAUUCCUCUGCAAGUCUGCAUAAAAUAUUUGAAUUGAUGAAUGAUUUGCUAUAUAGCUAUAAUGCUUAGUUUUUGGUAUUACAAGACACCUUUUUGCUUUAUUUUAAGAUCAAUACAUUGAAUGCUCUCAGAAAUGUUUUUGAUGAUAGACGUGUAAGAUCUGUAGCUCUGUGAAUUCCUGAAGUUGAUCCAUUUGUUUUGGGAUGUGACUGUUUGUGUGCUAAAUCUCAGUUUUAGGUUCUUUUUCAGAGGAAAAAUAUUUCAGUUGUGAGCAUGUCUAGAAUAUCUAUUCAUUAUUUGUCAAUGUUGUCUGUCGUUUCAAGUAACAUGGCAAUACCACAACUUUUGGUGUGUAAAAAACAAAACAAAAAACUGUAAUGUAAGCAUAUGUAUGUGAAUAGGAUGUAAAGAACUGAUUUCUUGUGAAGAUUCACCAGAGCAUUAGUUUGUUUUUGCAGAGUUCUCACAAUUCAGCAGUGGUUUGAAGCUUUGAAAGUAAUAUAACAGAUUCCUCUGUGUUCCAUAUCAGUCAGACUGCUCAUAAUACUGAGAUAACAAUGGUUGAGACUUAAAAAGAAAAUAAUAAAAUUUUCAAAUGGCAAUGUUUCUAAAUGACUAAUAAAAAUCAAUGGGUUCACA